AUGAAGUUCUCCCUUCUUCCUCUUGCGCUAUUCGUCGCCGCUGCCCAGGCCAAUUUGGUCUUCGGCGGGCUUGCUCUGUUUGCGUUUACUAUAGAGAUUCGUGAGGCUGCGAAAGUCGUUGCGACCCUUGAUGUCUCCGUCGAGGCAGCCCUCACUGGCGACGCGGCCGCUGAGACCGCCCUGAUCGAGGGCACCAUCACUAACGCCCACACCGACGUCAACCGCGUGGGCGUGGGCGAGGCACCCGUCUUCCUCGAGAGCGAUGCAAAUCUAUCCGGGUUCGGCCGCGUCGCGACCUCUGGUCCUGGCUUCGCCCAGGGAGCCUUCAACUACAGCCCGCCCCACCCCCUCGGCGUUGGACCGGACCGCCGCUCUACUGCAAACCCACAUAUCUCUUUCAACUUUGGCGCCCGCACCAAUGCCUUUCUUGACGGACGAACUACCAGGAUCACAUUUAGCAACCCCUCCAUCAAUAACCUCCGUAUCACCAACCCUGGCGGAAAACGCACCAAAAUCCGUCUCCGGGGCCAGAUCAUCACUCGCAUUCUUCGGCUUACCUAA